UCUUGAUGCCAAACUAAAAACUUUGCUCCUAAAAUAACACCAGUUUCAGUCUCUUUUAAAAUGUUUUAUAGACUGCAUAGACAGUAAUAUUCUCAAUAAUAGGAAAUCACAUAACAAAUGUAACAUUUUCCCCCCAUUUUAAAUGAUUUUUUUUUUACGAUUUUGUGCAUUUAUUGUAACAGAUAUUCCUAAUUUCGCGUUGGUUCUUUUAUCUGUUGUUUUACAUGGCUAAUUUGUUUUGCACGAUAGAGCUUUAUUCUGCAUUGGCUUACAGACUUUCAGCCUUGUUCUUUGAGCUCAGAGGUUUCUCCAGAUUCUGUUGACGAUAUUACAAACUGUUCAAAAUCUUUCUUUUGUAAACGAAGCGUAUUCUCUUUUUGACUUGUUUUUGUGUGUGAUGUACCUCUGUCUUUACUCCUGAGAGAUCUGGGCUUUCCUAAAAUGCUUUACACAAUCUCAUUGGGAUGAUGAUGAUGAUGAUGAUYAUAGUUAAUUUUGAAAAGUGAAGUUGUUAACAGGGGACCUAUCAGACUGGCAUUAAAAUAGUUGUUUUUGAUGGUGAAAGUUGAGUUUAAUUAUCUGAAAUGUUUUGUCAGUGACAGCAGGAUUUACUCUGACAUUGUGGCUAACUUUAUGUURCGGCUCCCUGAUGAGGAGGAAGGGGGCUCCAGCCUCCGUAGUCUCCUGUGAACCGUUUGUCCGGGGUCCUGUGGUGCAGUCUACGUCCGCAUCCCUCCUCAGACCGACAGCACCGGAGAACCAAUCAGAGAGCCCGCCGCGCCGAGGCCGUCCAAUCAGAGCCUCGGAGGCGGCGCCGUCCUGGUCGUCGUCUCGAUGACGUCAUGCACAAACAGCUGGUCGCUGGCAAAAAAAAAAAAAGGCAGGAAAAAAUGUAGACCAGCACGGCGACCGCAAACUGCAGCCGGGCUGUAGCCCUCCUCUCCGAACGGUUAGCCUCUUUUUUUUUCUUUUCCCCUCCUCCUCCUCCUCCUCCUCUUCCUCCUCCUCUUCCACCAUGUGGCAGCUGGAGCCGGGCUCGGGACGGAGCCCUCCGCGGCUCCUCUGGCUUGUUUACACCUUUUUCUGCGCUGUCGGAGAUUGCCUUUUUGUGACUGAUUAUUUCACCCGUACGCCUCGUAAGCUGAAUGCUUUCAACUCCUUCGCCAGUGUGGAACUGUUCCACUUCAAUGUGCCUGAAGACACAAUGAUGGCCGUAUGGAACCUCAUCACCUUCAAGGAGCAGGGGGGCACGUUUGGGGACAGCUGCCCGAACCGCAACGUGACCGUCUAUUUCAGGUCCGGCGCUCCUCCAGUAAUCAACCCUCUUCACACCCACUUCCCUCGGGACACGGUCGUCCCCGGUUCCUUCGCCGUGACUUUGACCUGGACUCUUCCAAACCGAACAACAGGCGCUUUCAACGUGACCAGCCCCCUCCCCGGAGACUGGUUCUUAGCUGCACAUUUACCCAAGGAUGAAGGCAAGAUCUCCGUCAAGGGUCUGUCUGAGGAAUGCCAGUAUCUGUUCCAACCUCAGCUCAUUGUCCAGAGGCUGAUUGGCAUUUCGGUGCUUUAUCCUGGAUACUUCAUCGACCAGAUGAUCCCGGUCCACAACAGGUCUGCUCUUUACAAGGUGUUCAUUCCAAAUUAUAUAUCCAAGGUGAAGGUUCAGCUGGUAAACUGCAGCACCAAGAACAAAAGCAGCGACACGUGUCCCGUGGUGCUGAAGAUGAGAGCGAGGGCGCCGCCCGUGCAUAAUUCAAGUGCCCUCGACUGCAGGGAGUGGAACCCGUGUGAGUUAGUCACUCUGGUACCAGCRUGGGAGCAGUGGUACUACAUCCUGGUGGAGAGGUAUCUGAGCAACUUGGAUGUCUACUUUCGCAUCGGAGUUCAAGUCACAGAUUGCUCCAAACCCAAUUUGUCGAAGGACCGAGCGCAGCUCAGCUCCUCCAUGAACAUGCCGCAGUCCUUCGGGACGGCGAUGGGCUUCUCCCUGUCCGAGACGCUGCUUAUGGCGUCCCUGCCCGGCCUGUCCCAGAACGCCAGCCGCCUCCACGCCUCGGAGGACAGCAUCAUUUACCUCGCCCCCACUGCUGACACGAACAGGUGCUGGCCCAUCCGCCCYACGCUGCGCAACGAGCUCGACACCUUCUCCGUGCACUUCUACGUCUUCUUCGGUCCAAACAUUUCCAUCCCGCCGGACAGGGCCGCCGUGUUCGCCAUCAACCUGAUGCCRGUGUUAGACAGCGGCGGAGUCCUCAACAUGGAGCUAAAACUCAACAUGUCUACCCUGAAAGGAGCUAAUCUCACAGUCUUCGGCUGCCUUAACCACGGGAUGCCUCUCUUCUUGCGAGAAAACUCAUCACUGAAAUGUGAAUCAGAAUCGGUGGCUGGCUUUUUCCUCUCUGUGAAUGUUUCUGCUAAUAUUACCAAGCUGAGGAUUCCCUACCCACAAACAGGCACUUGGUACCUCAGUCUGCGCUCUCUGUGUGCCACUGAACAUGGAUUUGAAGCYUGCACCAACACCACAGCAGAGGUGUACAUGCGCUCAUACCUGACUCCGUGCAUCAACGACUGCGGGACGUACGGCCAGUGCAAGCUCCUGCGCACCAACAACUACCUUUAUGCAGCGUGCGAAUGCAAAGCAGGCUGGAAUGGCUGGGGAUGCACCGACAACUCCGAGGCCUACUCCUACAGCUUCCAGCUCCUCUCCACUCUCCUGCUCUGCCUCAGCAACCUGAUGUUCGUCCCGCCCGUGGCCAUCGCCAUCCGCAGCCACUACCUGCUGGAGGCCUCCGUCUACAUCUUCACCAUGUUCUUCUCCACCUUUUACCAUGCAUGUGACCAGCCGGGGAUCGUGGUCUUUUGCAUCAUGGAGUACGACGUCCUGCAGUUUUGUGACUUCCUGGGGUCACUCAUGUCAGUGUGGGUUACUGUGAUUGCUAUGGCCAGGCUGAAGUCCAUCAUCAAACAGGUGUUGUACUUGCUGGGGGCGAUGUCUCUGUCCAUGGCUUUGCAGCUGGACCGUCACGGUCUGUGGAACCUGCUGGGGCCGAGCCUGUUCGCACUGGGCAUCAUGGCUGUGGCGUGGACGGUGCGUACCGUUCGUCGCCGGCGCUGCUACCCGCCCACCUGGAAACGCUGGGUCUUCUUCCUCUUCCCCGGCACCAUGAUCGCCACYUCGGCCGUGGCGCUGUACGCCUUCGUGGAGACGGAGGAGAACUACUUCUACAUCCACAGCAUCUGGCACAUGCUGAUCGCGGGCAGCGUGGGUUUCCUUUUGCCGCCUCGUGCCAAGCCCGACGCCAAGGUGACCCCGCUGAAACGCAAGCGGGGCUGCGGCUACCAGCUGUGCGUGAACGAACACGAGGAACUGGGCCUGGUGGAUCCGGCCAUUAUCUCCAUCAACAGCAUCUGUACCAGCUGAUAAACUCUCAGCUUCCGAUGUUUUUUUUGUUUUUGUUUUUUUAGAGACWCUCCAUUGCCUUCUUUUACUUGGGAAAUUCACACAGGAAUUGAAGCCACAGAACUUAAAAAAAAGGAAAAUAACAAAAAAAGCAAUGUAAAUACUUUAAUCCUGAUGUGACGAUCUAGAACUCCUUUUUUCUGUUGUAACGAUCAAGGUAAUUAUGAUCAGUAUGUAAUAAUUAUUAUCAAUAGUUAAAGUUAUGACAAAUUGUGGGUGUAUAUUGACACACUGUUGUUUGUGAAUACGUAUUUAAAGUCAAAGCUGAAACACUGCUGCUAUCUGACGGUGACUGUAAAACUGCUUCUGUCGGUUAUUUAUUGUUGGCCAAUUACUUGACGGUACUGAACGGCAGGCACGGAUGGAUAUUCAUCAAGGGCACGGCUUUUCUGAAAUUCUUUUGAAAUAUAUCUUUUGCACUGAGACACAAAAAUGUUAUUCUGUACAUUUUUAUAAGAGUAUAAACAAGAGUGGGACCUCACAAAUGUAAAACCUAGCUGUCYUGUGGAAUGUUAGACCGUAUUUUGAGAUUGCAAUGUAUCACUUUCACAUGAAUGUUUCUAUUGUUUGUGAAGGGAGCGGGUCCAAAGUUCUGGAAGGAGAAGAAGAGGGAGGUGGAAAAGCUUACUGGGGUAGUUCAGAUCUUUGGGAGUGGGGUUUUGUGGAAAGGUUAUGAACAAUUAAUGUUUUGUCUGCUGUAGACCACUCUUUGAAUGGCAUUUUAUGGAAAAACUGUUUAAUUCUGACCACAGUGAUGAGCUUACAAAUAACUGAAUAGACUUGUGACAAACUGUUACAUUUUUCUUUAAACAAGUCAAAAACUAGCCUGGCCCUUGCCUUCCGACGCAGUUCAGCUCAAUUCUAGUUUC